AUGAGCCGGGGGUGCAACCGGCGUGGGGGAGCGGUGACAGCGGGUAGGGCGCCCAGUGGUUGCGUGGGGGAGUGGCGCCGCCCCGUUACCCGCCCCGCCCCGCGCGCCGCCGGCCGCGCUCAGUCCGCGCUCGGCCGCCGAACCGCCAUCGCUUAUGUCCGCAACCGGCCGGCAACCAGCUCGCGCGCUCGCAACCUGCCGGUAGAACGUUCCCCGAAGCGAAGUGCCCCAAGUGUGGAGCGGCCGGCGAUGCUCGCGUGC